AUGGGCCAUGGCACAAAGAAACUGCAUUUGAAACGGACACCCGCCGAACAAGCAGAACACGACCUGCGCAAAGCUCGAAAGGCUGCUCGAAAAGCUGCCCGCACAGCGCCGUACGCCACACGCCAUCAAUCCGAGUCUGACGACGAAUACGGUCCACAACCGGCAUCUUCCGCGAAUACAUACCAUGGAGACAACACAGAUGUGUUUGCGCGCGUAGAGGAGGAGCGAUUUCGUGAGAAGUUGGCAGAAGCGAUGGGCGAAGAUGAAUAUGUCCAUGGGCUGCAUUCGCGGUUCGAGGCGUAUGAUGCAGGAAGAGUGCCUAAGCGCUGGCAGGGUUAUGAUGCAGAGGCAGAAUCUGUCAAUCCAGCACUUAUGGAAGAGGAAGAAUACGCGGAAUACAUCAGGUCCAGCAUGUGGAGGAAAAAGAACGCCGCCGUUUUGGAAGAGCAACAGCGUAUGAAGGCGACGCAAGCUGCUGCGCAAGCCGAAGCUCGUAGGAAGCUAAAAGCCAAGGACGAUGCUAAGGCGGCAAAGCGACGAGAAAGGGCUCUACGACGCGUGGACGGCGCCAGAGACGCUUAUGAGGCGGCAUGGACCAAGCUCUCACAUCCGCCGACGGACUCUCAACCGGACAUGCGAAUAUCGGACAUACCCUGGCCAGUAUUCGAUACUGUGAAUGAUGCUGCCGCGUUGACGCCAGAUGCACUAUCGUCCUUCUUGCUCCCGGAAGGCGUCAAUCGCAAGGAGAAGCUACGACAAACGAUGCUUCGGUUUCACCCUGACAAGUUCGAGGCACGCGUACUGGUCAGAGUCAUUGAGGCGGACAGGGAACGCGUACAAGAAUGUUUAGGAGCCGUCGUUCAGGCUGUGGGCGACCUCAUGGCUACGACGUAA